AUUGUGUGUGUGUGUUGCGUGUGGAUUGUGUGUGUGUGUUUAGUUGCACAUAAUAACACACACACACACAAUGUAUUAUAUACACAGUUAUACUCCAUUAUCUUACAACAUUUCCAGAUAAGACUUCUGUUGAUUUUUGUUGGAAUUUCAAUUUCACCACGUCAAAACUGUAUUAUCUUCAUUAUGGCAGCUCAGGUACACGAAUUUAGCGUCGAAAUGACAUGUGAAGGAUGCUCGACUGCUGUACAAAAUGUACUUAAAAAAAAAGCAGGUGUCGACUACAUCAAGAUAGAUUUACCAGAGCAAAAGGUAUCCGUAACUACUGCGCUUAAUUCAGAUGAGAUUUUGGAGGCAAUCAAGAAGACAGGAAAAACAUGCCAAUUUUUAGGGACAAAAAAAUGAGGAUCUUUACAAAGUGAUUAUGGUGCUGCUAAUAUAUCACACAUAUAUUGUAACAAAUAUUUUUUGUUAU